GAUCAGCUUUACGUAAGGGGAAAAUACUGUACACAUAUUGGUCCUAAAGUAGUGGCAGGAUCUUUAUUUGGUGCUGAAACCCUCAAAUCUGACCAGGAGCUCAUUUGCAAAAGUCCUGGAUUCUCACCGGCACACGUAGCCUGUGUGUUUUGACAAGAAUGAAGGAGAUCUUUUUUGAACUUAUUGGCAGCCCUCUGAAAAGGUGCAAGCUCUCCGUAACCAGCUGAGCAAGUCUGAACUCUUGCAAAGUGGUUUGGGGUGCAAACUGCCUCCUCCUCCUACUUGCCCAUGGAUGUUGUGGGUGAAAAUGAGGCUCUUCAACAGUUCUUCGAAGGGCAAGACGUGCAGAGAGCAUUGGAGAAUGCAUUGGUGGAUACACGUCUGCUGGAAGAAUUCAUAGACAGUGAUUUUGAAUCGUUUGGAAGCCUGCAAAACAAGCUACCAGACUCCCCGCCAGAUUCAGGAUCCGAGCCCUGCUCUCCACCACAGACCAAAGGGCCCACCAAUAAGUUUCCUUGCAGCUUUUUUGAGACUUCUUGUAAGACAAAUGCCAUCGGACAAGUAUGCGGUGCGCAGCAAGACUUCAGUGUGAAGACAGGCAAUGCUCCAACUCCCUGGAACAACUCCAUGCCAUCAAAUAAUCAUGCUUUAAAUGGCUCCCCGUUAAGACCCUCUCACAACCCCAGUCUUUCCUUGGUAUCGAAAAAGAGAAAGCACUCUGAGAUGUUGGAGGACCCUCUAGAAUUUCAAACAUGGUCUGGCAAUGUUGGACAAAUGACUGUAAAGGAUUCUUCUCCUGACAUGCAGGAGUAUGACAGCGGUGGGCAGAACGGAGCGUCUGUUGAAAAAUCCUAUCCGUCCCUCGCCUGGCAACCAUAUCGGAUAUCUCCCUGGAGCAGCCUGUUCAACCAUAAUUAUGAAAAGCUCCCAGAUGUGGGAUAUUACAUUGUUACAAACAAAGGAUUUAAUUUUUCAACAGCAGAUAGCGCUUUUGUUUGUCAGAAGAAAAACCAUUUCCAGAUAACAGUCUACAUUCGAGUGGUUGGACACCCAAAAUUCGUCAAAACCCAUUUGGGGCUGAAGCCGGUAGAAAUGUUUUACUUGAAAACUUUUGGUAUUAAGAUGGAAGCUCCCAAUCAAGUAAUCAUCAUUGAGCAAUCACAACCUGAUCGAAGCAAAAAACCUUUCUACCCUGUUCAAGUUGAUCUGCCAGGAGACCAGGUGACCAAAGUAACCCUGGCACGACUGCACUUUAGUGAAACAACAGCCAAUAAUAUGAGGAAGAAAGGAAAACCUAACCCCGACCAAAGGUACUUCAUGUUAGUUGCUGGGUUGUACGCCGUCAGUCAAGACCAACCUUAUUUGGUGGCUGCUCAUGUUUCGGAAAGGAUCAUUGUCAGGGCCUCUAACCCUGGACAGUUUGAGAAUGACAGCGAUACGCUCUGGCAGCGAGGACAUGUUCCUGAAACCGCCGUUUGCCACGGUCGAGUGGGAAUUAACACAGACACACCAGAUGAAGCCCUGGUUGUCUGUGGAAACAUGAAAGUUAUGGGAGCAGUCAUGCAUCCAUCUGACAGGCGAGCCAAACAGAAUAUCCAGGAGGUUGAUACGCGUGAGCAGCUGAGAAGAAUAGCACAGAUGCGGCUGGUUGAAUACGACUACAAGCCCGAGUUUGCAUCUGUUAUGGGGAUUAACCAGACCCACGAAACAGGAGUAAUUGCCCAGGAAGUUCAGGAACUUCUGCCAAGAGCCGUGAGAGACACUGGAGACUUAACAUGUGAAAAUGGAGAAAAAGUGGAUCAUUUCCUCAUGGUCGAUAAGGAUCAAAUUUUCAUGGAGAAUGUGGGUGCAGUGAAGCAGCUUUGCAAAUUAACAAACAAUCUUGAAGUCCGGAUAGAAGAGUUGGAAGUGUGGAAUAAAAAACUAGCCAGACUGAAACAGAUAAACAGCUUGAAGUCAACGACAUCCAGUGAAAAGAACGCAAGAAGGAUUUUUAGCCAAGCUGCUUCUCGUUUACCAUCAAGAAAAUCAGCUCCCAUAAAGAUGUGUUCUCCAAAGAAAAAUCAGUCAUGGUCCAGCUCCAGGAUCUUCCAGAUAACUGUGAUUGCUUUGGUUGCAGUUAUGGCAGUCUGUGUUCUGUCGAUAGCCACCAUUUAUGUCCUUAGCAUACCCGACCCAGUCAUUGCCAGUUCUACAAACAGCAAUUCAACAAGUCUGAUAACACUCCCUCCACCCACCACUUUGACAGUGACCAGAUACAGCACAAUGUCUUCAAGCCCAAAACCUACUGGCGUCAUUCCUGAAGUGAAUUUUUGUGGCAUUUUACCUUGUCAGGAAACUUACUGCUGUCCAAGUCAUCAAACAGUAAGAAAAGACCUAAAUUAUCAGAAGGUGAAGGCAAAGGAACAUAGAACGAAAAGGAAAGCACUGUCAGGAAAAAACUGGUUUGAGAAGCCUGACCUUGGAAAUGACUGGACUGACACAUCAAUCAUCUCUAUGCAGAUCUUAGAGACACAACAAAAAAUAGAUCACCGCUAUUGUCGCAAAAACCUGCAGUGUGGGUCUGGAAAUUAUAGUUACAUUGUUCCCAUUAACAAACACACACCUGUCAUGGUGAAAAUCUCUCUGGAAAUCAAUACAACGGAACCACUCAUUAUCUUUCAAUGCAAAAUCACCUUUGGAAAGUCUUGCUUUCGUCUUCCACAACAAACCCGUCAGAAGAGGGAACCCUAUCCAGAAACUACACAGGGAUUCCAUCAUAUUUGGUAUCUUCCUGUAAGCUCGUUCCAUGACAGUGCUUACCAUUUUCGUGUUGCUGCUCCAGAUCUUGCAGACUGUUCAACGGAUCCUAACUACGCUGGGAUAUUUUUCACUGAUUACUUCUUCUAUUUCUAUCGGAACUGCAUCUGAAAGGAUGGCUUUAAGGCUCCCUGAAAAAAAUGGGGGUGGGGAAAUCUUUAGCGCUGCUGAGAGCUUGUUUGCCACAUUAAUUCUUCCUGGCAAACACUUAAUGAACUUUAUGUUUUAUGCCCUUGUUUUGGGAAUAUCAAAUGGGAGUAAAUAAAACUGAAGCAUUUUGUU